AUGAAGAAUACACAUGGAGGGUGUGAGACAUCAUUCUCAUUGUUGAAAAUCGUGUAUAGAAAAAUUAAGUAAAUAAAGUGAAAGCCCUAAAAAUUAAGAGUACACAUGGAGGGUGUGAGACAUCAUUCUUAUUAUCAAAAUUUGUCUACAAGAAAAGCUACUUAUCCACUAUAUAUAUAUAUAUAAAGAAGGAAGAAAUAUAAUGUAAACUUCAAAAAUCAAGCCAUGGAAAAGGAAAAUGUAAGAUCAAUAUUAUUAUUGGAUGAUUAUUGAUAAUUAGAAUAUCUUCUAAAUAUAUUUAUGAGUGAAGAAGUCAUAAAGAUGUGAAUAGAAGAAGUGAAGUCUAGAUUGUUAUUUCAAGGAGUACUUAAACAUUUAAGUGCUUUACAUCAUUCUUAAAUACUUGAUAUAAGAGUCAAAAGUGUCUAAAGGUGCAUCAUUUUUAAUUGUAUUUUUUAUAUAUUGAAAUAUGAUGUUUGAAAUUUAUAAAUUUUUAUUUUCGUAAUUCCAUUGCUAAGGGACUAGCAAUGAUUUAAGUUGGGGGGUGUGAUAAGUCUUCAUUAUCAUGAGUUAAUAAUUGGUAAAUAAUAUAGUUUUAGUCUUAAGACAUGAUAAAUAGACUUAUAUUUGUGUUAAAGUGUGAAAAGUAGUUUUCAGCUAAUUAACGUGAAUUUUUAGGUAAUUAUGAUUUUAUAUGAAUUUAUAUGAUUUUUUACAGUCUUAAUUUUGAGAUAAAUGAAGAAAAAGAAAUAAAAAUAAAAAUAUUAUAGAAUGGUGGGACCCGCUGGCCAAUUAGGCCUGUAAGUGGGUCAGAAGCACAAUUAGGGAGUAGCUGCAAGUAAGGGCUCAAGCAGCUUGGACCAAAGAGGCAUGUGUGUGCUAGUCCCCUUUCAUGUCACUGAUGGCCAGCCGAUUGUGGAGCAAGGAGUGGUCGUACACACGAGAGAAGGGGCUUGCUUAGAAAUGUAACAUUAGUAUAUAUUCACUCGAAAAAUUGGCGCACAAGUAAUGUGGGACUAAACCCGCAUCACACCUUCUUCUGAAAGGGCAGGCAACCAGCAUGGGUUUGAAUCCUCCUAGAGCCAAAAUUCAUAUUUUUUAUCUGAUUAUCAAGACUUUUCUAUAGAUUGCCGAUGAAGGAUUAAGCAACUAGAAUCACUAGAUCAUCAGCAAUAAUCUCGUCAACACUAUUCGCGGAGCAUUGUUACUAAAAUUAUUAAAUGAUUCACGAUAAAAGGAUCGUGAAUCCAUCAAGUAAAGCAUAUCUGAUUAAUCAAUAAACAAGCCGUCGUUGGGAAGAGGAUGAUCCGCUAGGAGAUGAGUCGCCACCUCUUGAGAACAUACCAGAUGCGAUGAAGAGCCUCCUCUUGCUGUGUGGACUUGAGGAUGAAGCUCCCUGAGACGCGCCCCACCUCCAUCCAGCUCCUCUCCAUUGGGUGACAGCUGCUAGAGAGUUGCAAAGUCGUCAUUUUUCUACUUUGUCGAGUGACAGCUACCAGAGAUGAUUUAACGACUCAAUUCAUUGAUCUCUAGACUUUGCAAGGAGAUUUAGAGAUUGCCCACAUCAUCCUUAUCCAAGGAGAGCCUUCGAGGCCAUGGACACUACAUGACUAUCCUCCCGAAAGCUUAGGAUUCCAGUGCAUCAUUGACGCAUUACUGCUGUGACGCCAGAAUUCUAUUUUCCUACUUUCAACUUACUUUAUGCUUCAUUUAGUGAUAAUUUGUGUAAUUUUAAUUUAUCAAAAUAUACUUUGUUCAAUUACGAUUCUUCUGACUUUUAUAGAUCUUCAUUUGAUUAAUUAAAUUAUCUAUAAUCACUUAAGUAAGAAUCACCGAGUAGAACUCUAUUUCUGUUCGAUUUGUGUUCGUCAAGCAUUGAAGUCAUCUUGAUGUCUGCACCCUUAUUUCCCUUUUUCGUGAAUUUUAAAUAUAUUUUCUUUUUAUUUCUCAAUAUAAAAUUCAUAAAAAUAGUAUUUUUUGUAGAUAAUUCUAAAUAAUUAUUAGAUAUUAUACUACAUCCUUGUGAUCAACUUGGAAAAUUACCAUUAUUUUUAAAAGUUUUAUUGAAUUAUAAUUGAUAUAUUUAGUUAGAAAUACUUCUAAAUAUUUGAAAAUUUAUAUUUUCUAGUUUUAUAAAUUUUAAAUUUACGUGAUUUACUAUACAACAAUUGAGUCAUGUUAGACCAUUCAAACCUUGUUGAGAUGGCAACUGCCUGAAGUUCCACUAAGAUAAGCUAUGUUUUUCAUCGUUGAUACAUGGUAUGUAUACAACGACACCCCUCAUUCUCUUACUAUUCCUUACAACUCACGAUUAACCCUUGAAUCCACGACUGAGCUGCUUCCUUCUUGCGUGGACAGUGGAUCCUCUUUCAUGUUUUCUCAUGUGCCUCUUGAUAAAUAUGCAUCUCAACUAUUGAAUCAAUGCUUCCUCUCUCUUAAGUGAGCAGUGGAUCCUCCUUUUCUCCUCUUUGGAUGACACCCUCUAAGUAAAUAUGGACGUUAUGUCCUUAACUCUUCAUUUGAUCUCAAUUCACUUGCUUCUCCUUAUGUGAUUAUGAGCUUUAAACUCAUGACUCUUCACUCCAUGACCAAGUGCAGUCUUUGCUCCUUAAUAAGCUAUAAGCUAACGCUGAACAUAUGAAGCUCACAUGGUUAGAAGACAAGGAAUUACAUCGUGUUCUCACACGAUGUAUAUACGGUAUCUAAAAAUGUAUAAUAUAAUGAGAAAUGAAUGAAAUAUGUAAAAUGUGUAUGAAUGUCAAUGCAUGCCCUAAACAUGAGAAUUAAUUAGUAAAUUAAGAAUUUUGCAUCUUAAAAUCACGAGCUUUGAUAUGAUAUACCUCAUAUAUAAUGUAUUAUUUAUGCAUUAUCAAUGCUCUCACGAGAGAGAGAAGGGAUAAGAUCUCUUGUGAAAUGGAGAGAAAGAGAGAGGAGGAGAGAGAGCUCUCACCAAAGAGAAGGGAUGAGAUCUCUUGUGAAAGGAAGAGAAAGAGGGAGGAGGAGAGAAAUCUCACGUGGAUGGAGAGAGAGAAAAGUUUCACGAGAGAGAGAGAGAGAGAGAGAGAGAGAGAGAGAGAGAGAGAGAAGGAGAGAGAGAGAUUGAAAAGUCUUCAUUAUCAUGAGUUAAUAUGAAUUUUCAAUUAAUUAAAGUGUGAAAAGUGGUUUUCAAUUGAUUAAUGUGAAUUUUUUGGGUAAUUAUGUGAUUUUAUAUGAUUUUAUAUGAAUUUAUAAUCUUACUUCUAAGAUAAAUGAAGAAAAAAAAUAAAAAUAAAAAUAAAACAAAAUGGGGGAGACCUGUCGGCCAACUGGGCCCGUAAGUGGGUCAAAAGUGCAGUUAAAGAGGAGUUGUCAGUAGGGGCUUGAGCGGCUAGGACCGAUAGGGGCACGUGUGCACCACUCCCCUUCCACAUCACUAGUGGUCAGCCAGCUUUGAGUAAAUUUUUGAAUAAUUACCAGAUAUUAUACUACAUCUCUGUGAUUGACCUGAAAAAUUACUACUAUUUUUAGAAGUUUUAUUGAAUUAUAAUUAAUAUAUUUAUUUAUAAAUACUUUUAAAUAUCUAAAAAAUUAUAUUUUCUAGUUUUAUAUAUUUUAAAUUUGCGUGAGUUACUAUACAAUGACUAAGUCAUGUUAGAUGACCUUCCUCUUGAGUGUGUUGAGAAAUAGUUUAUAUUGUUUUCUUUUUAGGGGCUCACCUUGUUUGCCAGCUCAUGUAGACAUUUUGAUGGAAUUUGUGGAGAAUGAUCAUCUCAGAUGCAUUAUAGGUACACAUAUCUAUAUCUAUGAUGACUUGUCACAAAGUCUAAGAGAGUCACUCCCUAAAAGUAGAUUUCAGCUUAGGGCAUUAUGUCUUGUCCCUAGGUGCUCCCCCUAACCCUACGUUAUAAAUAGGGGGUGAGCACAUGUCCACGUUUUAGUCUUUAAAUUAAAAUGAUUCAAAUUCAAUACUUACAUGCAACCUCAAAAAUAGAAGAUAUCAGUCUUAAGUUCUUAGUGGUUCAGGCCGAUCCACAAGGACAACUACUAG